CUCCUCUCCUCUCUCUUCUUGAAUCAAUAUUUAAGUUUCAAAUAAACCAAUCCCAUGGCCGCGGCUUCUUCAUUCUUGCUGGUGAUGAUUUUGGUCACAAUUAGCAGCAGCGCUUGCUGCUUUGGAACAACUUCUACAGAUAAAAAGAAGCCAUUUACUCCUCCGCCGCCGCCGAGGCCCCGGCCGCCGCCUUUUCCAGUUACGGAAUCAUUUGAAUAUUACGUGCAGGGCCUUGUUUAUUGCCAGACCAAUCCCUACAACAGAGGAAAUAACACCCUUUCUGCUGCCAAACCCCUUAAAGGUGCGGUUCUUCGAAUGAUUUGUACAGACCCAUAUCAACCGGUAGAUCAAAAGGUAGUAUCGGGAGAAGGCGGGUACUUCGAAUUCCACACGUCAAGACCCGACCCGUACUUUGUGAAGACGGACUGCAAUGUGUAUCUGAUAAAGUCGCCGUCCCGUGAAUGUAGGAAGCGGAGUAAUUUUAACGGCGGCAUCUCCGGUGCACCUCUGGUUCAAGGGAACCCCUUACCAAGCCCACCCGCCCCAAAGUUCUUCCUUCUCCCUUAUGUCCUUUUUCAAACUGGUCCUUUCGCCUUUUCUAAAUCACGAUGAUCGAUCCAUCGAUCCUACUACUUGUACUUGUUAAUUUCUCCAUGUUGUUGUAUUGUUGCCUUGUAACACCAAAAUAAAUAAAUAAAAUGUGGUCCCUUUGAUUAAUAAUUAAUCUAGCAUUCACUU